AUGUCGCACACCACUCGCCCAGGUCCUCUCCAAGAGCUCCCCCUCGACCGCUUUCUCCCCGCUGAGCCGCCCACGCCCUCGAAGCACCGCGCCCACCUCAAACGGCCCCACUCACCCACCCACUACAGCCCCGCCAAGCGCCGCAUCCUCACCGAGGAGGGCGUCUUCUCUCCCACCAAGUCUCUCAAGAGCCCGCUCUCCGCCUCCAGCGCACGCUUCGCCCCCGCCCACUUCCACGCCCUCCUCCAGGGCCCGGACAGCCCUGCGCGCAGGCUCGACUUUAGUGCUGCUAAGCCCAGAGAUGUCCCCGUUCAUGGAACACUGCCCUCCAACGCGUCCAGCGCCCCGCUCGCACCCUCCCCAGUGCUGACAACGAAGACCGUUCGCAGCCCCCCCACAGCCCCUUCUGCAGCAGCACCUGUGCCCGCGUCAUCUACAUCGUCUAGGAGCCGUCGCGCAUCCCCGGCCGAUGACACAGAUACCGACACCGACACCGACAUGUGGUACGACCCGCGCCCAUGCUCGUCUUCCACGCAGACGCCCGCCCCGGUCCUCAUCGCGCGCGAGAUCGCGCAGCCCGACAGGCAGUCGGUGCAUUACCCCGGCUUCGACAUCUACCAAGACCCGUGUCUGCCCCUCCCACGCCCUAUCACGCGUUCGCGCUCGCGCUCCCAGCCGCUGUCCGACGCGGCUGACGCGCCCCAGGGAGACACUGCGGCGAAGAGGGAGGCAGAGAAGGAGAACGUCGCGCCCCGCCGUCGCACGCACAAGUCUGCCGGCGCCCCCGUUGCCCCUGCGGAGGCGGUGUGGCUGAAGGCAGGGCUACUCUCGCCCGCGGGGAAGCAGCCCCAGACAGAGCGCACCGGGAUGGGGAAGACCAUGCCUACCACGCCGCAUGCGAAGAAGAUCUACGAACUCCCUAUGCUCCGCGAUGGCUCGGUAACACCAAAGAACCGGCGCCGUCCGCUGGAGCUGGAGCUCGGGACGCCCGCUCACACGCCUGUGGGUAGAGCAGCUCGGAAGCUAUGGAGGAUGAUGAUGGAAGAGGAGGCAGACGCUGUGGAGAGCGAGGUGGAGACGGUGCUGUAA